AUGCCGUCCACUGUGACCCGCGCGUCCAUUGACCAGCAGCUUGCCCUCGCCAAGCAAUGCUCGCGAGAGGCGGCCCUCGCUGGGGCUAAGGCAGCAGCCAUAGCGACCGUCGCCUCUGCAAUUCCCACCCUGGCCAGCGUCAGGGUGCUGCCAUGGGCGAAGGCCAACAUCAACCCCACCGGCCAGGCUCUCAUCAUCUCCACAGUGGCUGGCAUGGCCUAUUUCAUCGCGGCCGACAAGAAGAUCCUCUCGCUGGCGAGGCAGCACUCGUACGAGAACGCACCUGAGCACCUCAAGAACACUUCCUUCGAGGGCACUGGUCGUGUGCACCCAGCCUUCUUCAGGCCAUGAUUGAACAAAGCUACCUCUUGACUUGAGCACUGGUUCUCAGCCGUCGAUGUGUCCAAAUAACCUGAG